GCAGGUGCCUCCAGAAACGUUCCCACAAUGGCCGAGACUAAGGAGAAAAUCUGCAACUAUUUGUUCAGUGUGGCAGAGACGACGGCGCUCAACAUUGCCAAAAACAUCGGGUUUUCAAGGGCCAGAGACGUCAAUGCCUUUCUCAGUGCUCUGGAAAAGCUGGGAGAUGUCCGCAAACAGAACACGAGCCCCCCGCAGUGGUCUCUCACAACCAGGAAACGCGAGCGGAUGCAGAUGAGGUUGAAGGCCAGCGCGGCCGCAAGGACAGCGGGUCCCGCGGCCGAGUUGACCUUUCCAUCCCCGUCUCUUCCUCCGGAACCUCCGGAGAGGACGGUCGCUUGGCCAGCAGCAACGACAUCAGAAGAAGGAAGAAGAGAAAACGGGCAGUGGUCAUUGGGGCAAACAGAUGAGGGCGAUGCCAGCAACACGGAAGCAGCCGUGCCUGACAGCAAGCCUGAAUUCACCAGUUUCAUUAACUACAAUAACUCUGACAACAGCAAGUGGGCCACGGAUGACAUCCCGGAUAACCUGAACUCUAUCAACCAGAAACCUGAUGGGUCAGGGGGUGUCGUGAACGCUCCCUCCUUCCGCAGUUACGUCUCCCAGGUUGAAGCUGCUCUGCACUGCACAACUAUAGGGAAGCUGAUUGCUUGUCAGGAGAAGAACCCGGUGAGCGGCCUCACCGAGUAUUCCCAGUACACCUACCAGCACUGCGAGUUCACCAUGCUGGAGCAGAGCGGGCCCCUCCAUGAGCCACGGUUUAAGUUCCAGGCCGUGAUCAACGGGCGCCGAUUCCCACCAGCAGAAGCAAGUAGCAAAAAACAGGCUAAGCAGGAGGCAGCUGCUAACGCUAUGAAGGUCCUGAUGAAUGAAGCAGAGGAUGGAAAAUCCAGUAGAAUUAAAUGUGAAGAGCUGCUUCCCCCGGACAAUUCUGCGUCAGAACUGCCUUCGAACCCAGAGCCGGCGUCGCCAUCUGUGCCAGCUCAGCUGAACCUGCCUCCUGGGAAGAACCCUGUCAACGUAAUAAUGGAAUAUGGGCAAAAAUCAGGGAACACAAUUGAAUUCCAGCUGCUCUCUCAGGAAGGUCCUCCGCAUUAUCCUAAGUUCAGCUUCUGCGUGAAAAUGGGUGACCAGGUUUUCCCUGCUGUGGUAGGCACCAGCAAGAAGGGAGCGAAGCAGAUGGCAGCAGAAGUUGCUGUGAAGAUACUUUCUGGAGAGCCUGGGCCACAUGUCUUGCCUGAACAGCCUGCCAAGGAAUUCCACGGUGAGCAGUCCGUGGAGAAUUGUGGAGCACCAAUCACCCCUCCAGACGAAUCCAGGGCAGCGAAAGCCAAGGGCGUUGGGGAGCUCGUCAAAUACCUUAAUGUCAAUCCUGUCAGUGGCCUGCUGGAAUAUGCCCGCGCCAACGGGUUUGCUGCAGAGUUCAAACUCAUUGACCAGUCAGGACCUCCCCAUGACCCAAAGUUCAUCUAUCAGGCGAAGCUGGGAGGACGUUGGUUCCCUGCUGUAACUGCACACAACAAAAAGCAGGGCAAGCAGGAGGCGGCCGAUGCAGCGCUCCGCAUCCUCAUCGGGGAAACGGAGAAGGCCAAGCGCAUGGAAGGGGUGGCCAUCACAGAGCUCCCGGUGAGCGGCAGCACCCUGCACGACCAGCUGGCCAUGCUGAGCCACCAGCGCCUCAACGCCCUGACCGCCCGCGUCCCGCACAGCCUGCCCGGCCGCAAGAUCCUGGCCGCCGUCAUCCUGCGCCGCGGGAGCGAGGGCCUGGGAGCCGUGGUCAGCAUCGGAACGGGCAACCGAUGCGUGAAGGGAGAAGAGCUGAGCUUGAAAGGGGAAACGGUGAACGACUGCCAUGCAGAAAUCAUUGCUCGAAGAGGCUUUGUGAGGUUUCUGUAUAGCGAGCUGAUGAAGUACAACCCCUGCAGUCCUUCCUCUGUAGAAGAGAGUAUUUUUGAGCCAGCAGGAGAGAAGAGACUCCGAAUCAAGAGCAAUGUCACCUUUCAUCUCUAUAUCAGCACAGCACCUUGUGGCGAUGGGGCACUUUUUGACAAAUCCUGCAGCGACCAGGCAAGCACCGCAGGGAAAACCCAGCACCAGCCUCUGUUUGAGAACGCCAAGCAGGGCAAGCUGCGCACGAAGGUGGAGAACGGGGAAGGUACCAUUCCUGUGGAAUCGAGUGACAUUGUGCCAACGUGGGAUGGCAUCCAGCACGGGGAGAGGUUGCGCACCAUGUCCUGCAGUGACAAAAUCUUACGCUGGAACGUCCUGGGCUUGCAAGGGGCGUUGCUGUCGCACUUCAUCGAGCCCGUUUAUCUCAGCUCUGUUACGCUCGGUUACUUGUACAGUCAGGGGCACCUGACACGGGCGAUCUGUUGUCGCGUGGCGAGAGCCGGGACGGCGCUGGCGGCCAAGCUGCGGCCUCCGUAUCGCAUUAACCACCCCGAGGUUGGCAGAGUCAGCGUGUACGACUCUGCCAGGCAGACGGGCAAGACCAAGGAGUCUUCGGUGAAUUGGUGCCUUGCUGAUGAAAGCAAAGUGGAAAUCUUGGAUGGCACAAAAGGAAAAAUAGAGGGCCCCAAGUUGGAGGUGUCUCGUGUGUCCAAGAGGGAAAUGUUCGCCCUGUUCCAGCAGCUCUGUGCCAAGAACGCCCGCGCGGAGCUGCGGAAGCUCUGCGUGUAUGCGGAGGCCAAGGAGGCGGCCGCAGCCUACCAGGAAGCCAAGCGCUGCUUCUUCCAGGCGCUCAGCGAGCUGGGCUACGGCAGCUGGAUCCGCAAGCCCCAGGAGGAAGACAAUUUCUCGUGUUCGACUGCGUAG